AUUUUUAUUUUAUCAUCCCAAACAACUCAAACCAAGUCAUUCAUAGCAACACAUUCUUACAAUCUUACAUGUCAAAACUAAACAAAAGUGAGAGAAACAUCGGAACAUGGCAACCCAAUUAAACAAUGUGUUCAGAACUUCAAUUCUGAAGCACAAGAUCCAAUCAGAGACCCCUUUGAAAACCACAAUAAGAACCACAAGAUUUCAAGUGAUCAAUGCUACCAGCAGUGCAAGGCAGCUCAUAGAGUCUGGCACAGUGAGGCCAAUAUUGCCAAAAGAUGCUUCCACAGCCAUAAACUCAGAGGGAUUUGUUCUCCUUGAUGUUAGACCAACUUGGGAGAGAGAAAAGGCCCGUGUGGCAGGGUCUUUGCACGUGCCAAUGUUUGUGGAGGACACGGAUAACAGUCCCAUAACUCUGCUUAAGAAGUGGGUGCAUUUUGGGUACAUUGGCUUGUGGACUGGCCAGUACCUCACUACUUUGAAUUCUGAGUUCCUUAGUCAAGUGGAAAAUGCCAUUCCUGGUAAGGAGGCCAAGCUUCUUGUGGCGUGUGGAGAAGGGUUAAGGUCAAUGACAGCAGCUUCAAAACUGUAUAACGGAGGUUACAAAAAUCUGGGAUGGUUGGCUGGAGGCUUUAAUCGUUCUAAGAACAACGACUUCCCAGCAGUAGAAGGAAAAGAGAAGUUGCAGCAUGCAACAGUUGGGGGUGUUUCUUACAUAUUCCUUCAGUUGCUCAUAUUAUUAAAGGCUGUUGAUUAAGGAAUUAUUUUGAUAACUUAUUAAUUUUCAUGUUUGUGAAUCUUUUGAAUUUGUAAGCCUCUGUAGCCUAGUGACAAGUACAUUUUAUUAAAAUUCCAUUUAAAUUAAGACUAUGCAAUUUUGUAGAUAAGCAGGCCAGGUUUCCAUACUUCACACAGAUCAUGCAUUUCGUGAAGUAGUUUUAUCAAUUAUCACAUCAACAUUAAAUUUCUUUUUCUAGUAUCAUAUUUUUAUAGGAUGAAUCCAAUUUA